GUGUUACACGGCUGCUUAGCUCAGUCUCAGCCGCCAAAUUUUACUCUUUUCUUCCCUUGAAUAAGAAAUCUUCUUCCUUCUUUCUUCCUCUUCGCCUUCUUCCUCCUCUAAUCCGAGCGAUCUCCUUCGUUUUCCUCCCAAAUUUGGAAGGAAGGAAAGGAAAAGGGAAAUGGAAGAGCCGGAGUCUCCUUCCUCCUCUGCCUCUGGCACUCCGCGUAAGUCCCUCCUACGCUCCGCCACAUGGAACGCCCGCUCUCAACCGCAUCCUAAUCACAACUCAAAUCCGAAUUCGAGCGCUAACCCUAAUCGGCCCCCCAAACCCGGCCGCCUGGCCCUCCCCCCUCCCCCUCCCCUCACCGCCUGGCCCCGCCCCGCCUCCGAUGACUGCCGCCACUGGCCCACUACCCCCUCCGCCUCUUCCUCCUCCAACCCGGCUGCAGAUGACGGCGACCCAGACAUCUCCCGCGUCGACGACCACGUCUUCCUCGGGGGCGACGCGGCCGCCCGCGACCGCGCGACCCUCCGCCGCCACGGCAUCACUCACGUGCUCAACUGCGCCGGCGCCGCUUGUCCCGACCACUUCCGCGGAGAGCUCGAGUAUAGCACUCUGUGGCUCCGCGACUCCCCCGCCGAGGAUCUCGCCCCUGUGCUGUACGACGCGUUCGACUUCCUCGAGCGGGCGCGCGCUGCUCCCCGGGGCCGCGCGCUUGUCCACUGCCGCCGCGGAGCAUCCAGAUCUGCCGCCCUUGUCGUCGCGUACCUGAUGUGGCGCCGCGCAUUGACCUUUGACCGCGCGCUCCGCGCCGUUCGCGUAGCGCGUCCGUCCGCAGACCCAAACCUCGGCUUCGCCGCUCAGCUCCUCCACUGCCAACGCCGCUUCCUUACCCUUCCGCCGACAUCUGUCUCCUCUGCAAUCCGUGCAUACCGCAUGGCUCCGCAAUCCCCCUGCGACCCCCUCUACCUCGUCCCCAAAUCGGUCGACCUCUCCGCCACCGGUGCAAACAUUCUUGAUUCCCGAGGCGUAUUCAUCAUUCACACGCCUGCCGCCAUCUACGUCUGGCUUGGUCAAGGUUGCGAACCCUCCAUGACCGCCGCCGCGGCUACCUCUGCUCUCCAGCUCGUCCGCUAUGAGCGUGCUGACGGUCCAAUUAUCACAGUGCACGAGGGUUCCGAAUCUGCAGCCUUCUGGGCCUCCUUAAACAACGACCCUUCGCCUCCUAACACUGAUGAGUUCGUAGGUAAGCGGAGAGUAGAGCUCUAUGAUCUCGACUACGACAUCUUCCGCAGGGCCAUCCCUAGAGCUCGAGGGACACCGCCACUUCCGGCGAAGUCACCGGCGAAGGAGAGUGGUUGGACCCGUUUAAGACGCGAAUUCGCAAUCAAGGGUUUGAAGGAACUAACGAAAGCUGUGUUAGAGAGCAGGGUUUUUGACGACGAGGGCCUGCGGGUAAGCGAUACAAUUCGAUCUCCAGGAUCUUUCUCUAUGGAGUCAAGCGCCACGCCAUCAUCGUCUACUGCCGACACUGCUUCAGUUAUUUCUACCUUCUCGCCAAAUUCCUUCUCUUCUUCUGAUUGGUAUAAUUUGUCACCACCAAGCUCAGAAUUAUAUAGGACGCGCCAAACUGAACUGAACUCGGAUUUGCAAUCAUCUGUUACUGGGAAUGUAAAGUGGAUGGGCUCAAGAACUUUAGUUGAACGUAGACGAGAUAAUGCUCCUCUGGUUCUGUUACCAUCAUCUGCUGAUGCCUCGGGGAGGCUUUCUUCAACAGAAUUAGUAAUGGAUUGGUGCCCAUCUCCUCCAUUUAUUUCAGAAGUGGAAGAAGACCAAGAAGCAUUAGAUAUAGGACAACUCUCUUUGGAUGCUUCAGACAAAGAUGUCUCUGCCGAGGAUGCACCUUCUGGUGCUGAUGAGGAUACUGAAUUAAUUCAUCCAGUUCUUUUCAGGUGGCCUGAUAUGGAUAAAGUGGAGGAUGCGCAUCAUGGAGUUCUUAACUCUGACUCAGUGUUCUUAUUGCUAACAUCAGAAUCGAAAGCAGGUUCUAGGAAGCCAAUGAUAAAAAUGUAUGUUUGGCUAGGAAGAAAUAGUAGGCAUAACAUUCUAGGAGAGGAGGAAGAAAAAGAGACUGCACACGUUGAUAGAAUUGGCACCAAGUUUAUCGAGCUCAUGGGUAUUCCAUUGGAUACUACUAUACAGGUAAUUAGAGAGGGCGAGGAGCCAGAACAGUUCUUAAAUCACUUAUUCUCUUUCCACCAAGCUAAGGAAGUCAUUCAUUGAAGACGCAGAGAAUGUGUAAGUGAGAUCUAACGUUCUUUGCAACCAUUAGCAAUUCAUAAUUCCUGAUGGAAGAUGUGCAUAAUUUUUUUUUUUGCGAUUUAAUUCAUUAGGAAAACGGUAUAACAUGAUAAAAAAAUGGUAAACCAGGUAACACCGAACCCGAGUGACCGGCUUGGUCCCACGGAAGUUUCCCCCGAUCGUUAAGGUAAAUUAGGAAGUGCUUGCGGAAAGCUCAGCAUUCCAUGUGUUCUUUGAAGGAAAAAUUCUUAUAAAUACGCUAUAGCUGAGAUUGAAAUACGGAUACUUGGGUGACAACUUGUCAUCCUUUUGUUAUACUGUUGUCCCAGGGGCAACUGUGUAACAUGGUAAUUAGAACCUCUAGUAUCAUCAGCCAUCACCAUGAUGUGUAUGGAGCUGGACGUUGGAAAUUAUGGGAAAUAAUUUUUAGGUGAAAAUAGCACUCUAUGGCAAAAGGUACUCUCUCACCCUCUGCUCUCUAGUUUCUUACAACAGUUGUCAUUUUCAGGUUUAUUUUGCAUUUGACUAAUUUGUCACUCCUGUAUUCGUGAGAAUGACAAGUACAAAAGGUUCAAAUGACCAUUUUAAAGAUAAAAGUAGUGUUCCAAGCUUGGAUUGUACCCUACGCUCGGCCUAUUCUAAGAACAGCCAUGGGCCAUAACCACUUAGGUUCAAGGCCAUGUCCAAAAGCGUUGGGCAUGCCGAGCAUGAUCCUACCAUAGCACAAUUGCUCAUGUUGAGCAGCCUAACCUAUUUGACAUCUCUAAUUGAAUCAUACCUGCAUUAGUGUGUUUAUUAUAAUAAAAGUUUGCAAGUUAGAUAUCUACUACUCUUGGUUUUUUGUUCAAGAAAGAUAUCAUUGUUAAUUA